AUGUCCAUCAAGAAGAUAACCAUCCACCAACUGAACGGACAGGAGACCAAAAGACAGCUAGGAGGUCAGCAAGAUGGGGCGAGAUGGCCCAAGUGGUUAGAGCGCGAAUUUACUGACUGGAAGGUCCGUGGUUCGGACAAGACCUCUGCCUCUCGGCUUCCCCUGUGUAGGCUUGGGCUACCUGGCAGUAUCCCAACCCUCAUGCAACCUUCGGGUAGCGUGGCAGUUAGGCACCGAAAGGGUGCAACAGCUGAAUGA